AAUCACUAUAUGCUUUGUCCAUUGUCACCUUCUUACUUUUGAUCACCCGUUCAAACUAAAACUAAACCUUCCACGGUGACCAGCCGGCCAAUAGAUUUCCUUCCUUUUUCAACAAUUCUUCUAUGCAUAUAUUUUGUAUAGCUUGAGAAAUUUUGCUAUAGUUGCACAUUAUUACGUACUGAUCGACGACAAUAUAUGGAGGAAACAGAGGGUCGAUCUUUUGAGGAUACUCCGACGUGGGUUGUCGCCGUCGUGUGCUCCACCAUCAUCCUCCUUUCCCUACUAGCAGAGCGUGGCCUCCAUAAACUUGGAUUGCUGUUCAAGAAAAAGGGUUUAGAGACACUAUUUGAAGCCUUGCAGAAACUUAAGGAUGAGCUGAUGCUUUUGGGAUUUAUUUCACUACUUUUAACUGUAACUCAAGGGCUAAGCAAACAUUUAUGCAUUCCUCACUAUCUUUCAACCAUCAUGCUUCCAUGCAAAACCAAUGAAAAAUCUUCACAGCAUGAAAUUCCCUUUGCUGUUCGUCAUGAAACUGACACCAUGACAAGAAGACUUUUGACUGCAGAUACAAGCACGCAACAUUGUGCAAUCAAGGGGAAGGUGCCCAUGGUGUCUUUGGAGGCAUUACAUCAACUACACAUAUUUAUAUUUGUUAUGGCUCUUGUACAUGUUUUCUUCUGUGCCAUAACCAUGCUACUAGGAGGUGCAAGGGUAAGGCAAUGGCGGCAUUGGGAGAACUCGCGAAGAGCUAUAGAAGAACAAGUCAAUGAAAGAGCAAGGAGCUAUCGGAGAAAACAUGUUGUUGUAAGUUGGUUGGUGGCGUUUUUCAAACAAUUCCAUGAUCCGGUAACUAAGUCCGAUUACCUUUUACUGAGAUCAGAAUUCAUAGAAGCCCAUAUUCAAUCUAAUCCUGAUUUUAAUUUUCACAAAUAUAUGCUGAGAACGUUAGAACAUGAUUUCAAGAAAAUUGUGGGAAUUAGUUGGUACUUGUGGGUGUUCGUUGUUCUUUUCCUUCUGAUCAACAUUGCAGGAUGGCAUACUUAUUUUUGGAUGUCAUUUUUGCCAAUAACGCUUCUGCUUCUCGUGGGAACAAAACUAGAGCACAUUAUUACUGAGUUAGCCCAAGCUUUCGCAGAAAGAGAAUCAAAGGACGCUUCUGAUGAGUUGUUUUGGUUCAAAAGCCCAAAACUUGUGCUUCACCUAAUUCACUUCAUUCUGUUCCAGAACUCCUUUGAGAUCGCAUUCUUUUUCUGGAUUGCGUCUACGUACGGCUUUAGAUCAUGCAUCAUGGAAAGAUUGGGUUUCACUAUCCCGAAGCUUGUAAUGGGGUUGAUUGUUCAAGUUCUCUGCAGCUACAGCACAUUCCCUUUAUAUGCUUUAGUUACCCAGAUGGGGAGUAGUUUUAAACAAGGGAUGUUCGACCAACACACACACGCAGCUCUCGUUGACUGGGCCCAAGGAUCAAAAACGGGUUCAACGGCCCGUUUAAGAACACUCCCAUUUGAAGGCAUUGCUGUAUCUGAAAGGCCCGCAAUCCGAAAAGGACCCCCAUCAACAAUUCCGUUCUCUCGUUAUCCUCAUCAUAUAUAAUACUCCCAAAACUUAAAUUUGUAUUAGUUCUUUGUUCUUAAGCGUCUAAUUACAAAUUACUGAAGCUAAUAUCAAGCCUUAGGGAGAAAAUUAAUAAAGCAUGAAUUCGCAUGUUUUCCUCAGAACUUGUUUGUCUCAAUGUUCUCUUGGCAUAUGUGUAAGAAUUUCUAUAAUUGGAGUGUUUGGGUAAAAGUGCA